AUGAACUCAACCGAAAACCAGCAGUUCAACCCCAGCUCAGCCUACUACGAUCAACAGCAGCAGCAAGAGGAGGACGAACACGAUCUAGAACGCUCGACAAGCAAGCCACUCUCGAGGAACAACCUCAGCUUAUCAUCAUCCCCUCAGGCCGCCUUCUGGAAAAAUGCCCUCAUCAAUGCAUCCUUCAUCGCAUCCUGGUACCUCUUCGCAACCCUCAUCUCUCUAUACAAUAAGUGGAUGUUCUCACCUGAUCAUUAUAACUUCCAGUAUCCCCUAUUCGUCUCUGCCUGUCAUAUGUACAUCCAAUUCGGUCUGGCCGCCUUGACAUUGGCCCUCUUUCCAUCCAUCAGAUCAAGAACACGGCCUACCCCACAGGAUUAUAUGAAGAAAGCUCUUCCUUGUGGAAUGGCCUCAGGUUUAGACAUAGGAUUAUCAAACACCAGCCUCAAAACAGUCACGCUAUCUUUUUACACAAUGUGCAAGUCGUCGUCACUAGCAUUCGUCCUAUUAUUCGCAUUUAUCUUCAAGCUAGAAAAACCGACGUACAAGUUGACAGGAAUAAUCCUACUGAUCACUGCGGGAGUGGUCCUAAUGGUCUCCUCAGAGACCCAGUUCGACUUCUGGGGAAUGGUCGAAGUCUUAUCGGCCUCUUGUCUGGGAGGGCUGAGAUGGUCACUAACCCAGAUCUUAUUGGAUAAACAAUCGAUGGGAAUGAACACGCCAAUCGCCACGAUCUUCUGGCUCGCUCCGACGAUGGGCCUCUCCCUAUCCUUCUGCUCGUUGAUCUUCGAGGGCUGGAAUAACCUCUUGAGCGAGCAGGCAUUCUUUGGCGAUCUCGCGAAGAGCUUCAUGACUAUGACUUACAUCGCAACAGCUGGAGUCUUGGCCUAUCUGAUGACAGUUAGCGAGUACUUUUUGAUUCAACGAACUUCGGUCGUUACUCUUUCGAUUGCUGGUGUAUUCAAAGAAGUCGGAACGAUUUUCCUGUCGACAAUCAUUUUCCACGAUGUGAUGACCCCGCUGAACAUAUCAGGUCUAGGAAUCACUUUAUUCGGAAUCGCCUUGUAUAACGUACUUAAAUAUAAACAGAGCUUGAAGAAAACAAAUCUGUCUGAUGGACGAGAUAGACAAGGCUUGAUAGUCUUAACCAGCCGCACAAAUGAAGACUCGAAGAGAUAUGCGAAACUGGACGAUGAAGAUGACGAGGAAGAUGUCGAUGUUAAUCGGGAUUCACAAGAAGAACAGCAUCAUCAUCAUCAUCACGCCUCACAUCCAAAUAACGAUAACGAAGACCUCGACCGAGAUGAUUCGCUUGACAAUAACAUCGAUCCUCAUCGUCGGUUGAUGUUGAUGACUGAAAAAGCCACUUCCCUUCAAUAA